AUGGUGCGCGUAGCUAUGACAGGGACCGCGGCCGCGGAGCCGGCGGCGGACGGGGCUGGCGCGCAAGCGCCGGCCACCGUCGUGCCGCCGGGAACGCGCCGCGGACGACCCUGGAAUAGCAGCCAUCGCGCGCACAUGGAAGACUGCCUCAUUGCCGCAAGGCUCGCAGGUGUGUCGCAGCUCAGGGAUGAGUGCCCUGGCUACGGGACGGCGACCUUCAAGCUGAAGUCCGAGAAGGCCGCGGGUGACCGCGAGCCUGUGCAGGCGGCGGAGCGCUCGUUCAUCGAGCGCACCGCGUCGCGGAAGGAGAAGCCGACGGAGGAGCAGAAGGAAGCUCGGGCCGCGGCUCGCAGGGCCAAAAAGGCCCGGCAGAAGAAGAACAAGGCGGAGAAGGCUGCGGCGGCGGCUGCGAGCGAGGCCGAGCGUGCGGACUACCCGCACGCGCAGCUGCGCGAGAACGUCGAGUUCGUGAUGGAGGGCCUGGAGGGUGCGACGCAGGCGGCGCGCAACCCCACAGGGUCCAACAUUCAGGUCGCCUACUCGCUGCCUCCCGAGGGGGGCAGCGGGUUCGGCGACCCUCAGUCCAAGCCGUCACGCCGGCCUCGGCGGCAUCAGCGAGCCACGCGACCGUACUCGGAGUCUGGAUCGAACCAGGAGCACGGGCCCGCCGUUCCGUCAGGCGCGGCCGCAACGGAGCUCGGCCCGCCCGAGAGAGCGAAGCGAAGCGAGCGGAGCGCUGCGCCGCCCGCUGACGACACGGCGAGGAGCCGUGCGCCGUUGCUGUAG